CCACUAUGGUCGCCACCAUCUUGACUGUGUGGCAGUAGUUCUCGCGAGGAGACGCAGUAUCGUCCCGUUAGUAUCACGUCAUUUGUUGACGUUCAGGUGGGGUGAAGAUGGCGGCCCGCUGGAGCAGUGAGAAUGUGGUGGUGGAGUUUCGAGAUGCACAGGCUAAUGCUAUGUCAGUGGACUGUCUGGGCCAGCACGCUGUUCUCUCUGGGAGACGAUUCUUAUACGUUGUAAAUUUAGAAACGCCGUCCGAAGCUCCUCGUAAAAUCAGCCGCCAGAGCAAAUGGGACGUUGGUACAGUCCAGUGGAACCCACACAAAUCUGACGCCCAUAUAUUUGCUGCAUCUAGUAACCAGCGUGUCGACUUGUACACAUGGCGGGAUGGAUCUGGUAAAUCACAUACGUCUUUGCAAGGCCACACACGUGUAAUAAGUGAUUUGGACUGGUCGUGGUUUGAGCCAGAGUUUCUAGUCACUAGUUCUGUGGACACAUACAUAUACAUAUGGGACACAAGUGACACUCGGAGGCCAACUGUGACUUUGUCUGCUGUGGCUGGAGCCUCUCAGGUGAAGUGGAACAGACGGAAUCAUUAUUGUUUGGCAUCGAGUCACGAUGGGGAUGUCAGAAUCUGGGACAAGAGGAAAUCGAACACUGCAGUCGAGUACGUCGCUGCCCACCUGUCAAAGAUUAACGGUCUGGACUGGCACCCUGAUAAUGAGUACAUCCUGGCUACUUCAAGUCAGGACAACUCUGUUCGGUUCUGGGAUUACAGACAACCCCGGAAGUACCUUGAUAUCUUAUCCUGUCAGGUGCCUGUGUGGAAGGCCAGAUACACGCCUUUCUCAAAUGGGCUGGUUACAGUGAUGGUUCCUCAGCUUCGGCGUGAGAACAGCCUCCUCCUGUGGAGCACACUGGAGCUGAACAGCCCUGUUCAUGCGUUUGUGGGCCAUGACGAUGUUGUGUAUGAGUUUCAGUGGAGGCCGCAGAAAGAAGGGUCCAAAGACUGCCAGCUGGUCACGUUGUCCAGAGAUCAAACCCUGAGAAUAUGGAGAGUUGAUCCUCAGCUCCAGAAGUUGUGUUGUGCAAAUGAAAUCGUGGAUGAGCUCACCACUGAGACAGAGAAAACGCUGAGAUCCCAAGACUCUGAACCACCAUUGAGUCCUGGAUUCACUGCGGACAACUCACUAGAUCAGUUUGACGGGCCUCAGUCAGGCCUGUCGUCCAGUGCUAAGAAUGACAUACCCCAAACUCUGCAGCAGGAGUUUUCUCUAGUCAACUUACAGAUUCGCAAUGUCAAUGUGGAGAUGGAUGCCGUCAACCGCAGUUGCUUUGUGUCGGCCGACUGCGGAGCCAAUCGAGUUCGGCUCGUGGUGAAGUUCCCUGCCCAAUAUCCCAACAAUGCAGCUCCAUCUUUCCAAUUCGUCCCUCCAACAAACAUCUCGUCUUCCAUGAAGAUCAAGAUACAGAAGAUCCUGACCGAUACGUCGCUUCAGAAGGUGAAGAGGAACCAGAACUGCUUAGAGCCGUGUGUCAGACAGCUGGUGUCCUGCCUAGAGUCAGAUGGAGUCAUGGAAGAUGGUUCGAACCCUUAUGUGCUCACCAACCCAGUGACUCCUGCCCUUCCUGCUUUUCCUCGAGUGACCAACACUUACGGCUCGUACCAGGACGCCAACAUUCCUUUUCCCCGCACCUCAGGGGCACGUUUCUGCGGGACAGGUUCCUUGGUGUAUUUUACACGACCCAUGACUAUGCAUCGAGCAACUCCUCCAACUGAACCCACUCCCAGGUCUCUGUCUGCUCUUUCAGCGUAUCACAGUGGUGUAAUGACACCCAUGAAGAUGCGAACUGAGUCUCAGACCACGCUGAGGCUGUACAGCGGCAGCCCGACCCGCACAGACAAAGAUCAAGUGUCCAUAUCGUCCUUCUACUACAAAGAGCGGAAGCCUCUGUCUGCUGCCCGCCGCUGGUCAGUGCAGACUAUUCAUGAAUGUCCGAAAUCACGGCGCUGGAAAGGCAAGAGAGAGGGAGGAGAUUACAGCAACAGACCCAUCAAACUGGCUGGAAAAGUCAUCAUCCAGGAGAUCUCGUGUCUGCUGUCUGUGCACAAAGCGCUCGGGGAGACCUAUGUGCUGAAUGUUAAUGACAUACAGGACACGUGUCAGAAGAAUGGAGCAGCGGCCUUAGCUGUGGCACGCAGAGAUUUAGCAAAGGUAUGGGCACUCGCCUCAGCGUCCACUAAUCUUAACCUGAGUCCUGACCCAGACCCUGAUGCUGGAACUCCCUGGGCCAAACAUCCAUUUGGGCGACACCUGCUGGAGACACUGCUUGAGCACUACAGUCAGCUGAGCGAUGUUCAGAGUCUGGCCAUGUUGUGUAGUGUGUUCAGAGGUCACGGAAGUCCUCAGGAAUACUUCACUCUUUAUGGACAUCAGCAGCCACGGCCGGCAGUCUUCACGCCACACCACUCACGAUAUCCCAGUUUCACCUCCAGUUCUGUCACUUCUGGAUCGUGUUCAAGCACCUCAGACUCUGCAAACACUCCCUGGAACACAGGUGGACGUGAGUCAGAACAUCCUCCUUCAUGGGGAGAAUCUACUCCGGAUGACUAUCGCUAUGCAAACCAGACUUACACAGACCCGCGAGAACGAGAAAAAGAGCAGCACGACAUGAACAAAAGGUUACUGGACCCCUCCAAUUCCUGGCAGUUUGACGACUUCAAGAAGUGUUACGGAGAGAUCCUGCACCGCUGGGGCAUGAAGGACAAGAGGGCAGAGGUGCUUAAAUUUGUUUCCUGCCCUCCAGAGCCACACAAAGGCAUAGAGUUUGGCGUUUACUGCUGUCACUGUCGCAGUCAGGCUCGCGGCACACAGUGCGCCGUCUGCAAGCGCUUCACCUUCCAGUGCUCCAUCUGCCAUGUGGCCGUCCGCGGCUCCUCCAACUUCUGCCUGAGCUGCGGCCACGGUGGACACACCAGCCACAUGAUGGACUGGUUCCGCUCACAAGACGUCUGUCCCACCGGCUGCGGCUGCCACUGCCUCCAGCAGAGCACUUUCUGAACAACACGAACAAGUAAGACUAGGCCUCAAAACCCAAAAACUGUACUGUAGCUGCUUCUGGAUCAGAUAUGAUCCAAGAGCUGUAAAUAUUAACCUUAUUAUAGGUCUAACCAGCCUAGUUAAAAGGGAUAGUUGACCCAGAAAUGAAACCUGUCAUCAUUUACUUGCAAACCAUUUUUUUGGUUUAUUAGAAAAGAAGAUAUUUUGAAGAAUGCUGGAAGCCUGUAACCAUUCACUUCCAUAGUAUUUGUUUAAAAACAAAACAACCACUGACUUCUAUAGUGUUUGUUGUUCCUGUUAUGGAUGCUAAUAGCUGCUUUUUAAACUAAUACUAAACAAAUACUAUGGAAGUCAAUGGUUACAGGUUUCCAACAUUCUUCCAUUGACUUUCAUAGUAUUUGUUGUUC